GCAGCUCAGUGUCUUCAGAGUGGUGAGCCACCCUCCCAGUGGGCCAGUUCCUAGGACCACCUCCCCAAUAGAAGACGCUUGGUGGGUGAUGAGCAGUCUUCCCAUCCUUUGAUGCCCACCCUGUGCCCACCAGACAGGGAGCAUAGACACACCACAGAUCAGCGGCCAUCACAGGAGAAGAAUCCAGAGGAGCGGCCAGUAAAAGAGGUGCAUGGGAUUUUAGGCUGCCAGGGGUUUUCCAGGUGAGAGAGUCGGUAGUGGGGAGGGGCCAGUUCAGCUGCAGAGUCCAGCAGGAGCCAUGACGUGAGGGUGCCAUCUGAUGCUUGUAGUGGGUCCCACCUCCAGGGGGUGGAAGGCCAGCCACAGCGGAGGGUCCUGAAUGCAGGGCUGGACUUAUGGCCUUGAUCCUGAGGCCCGCAGCAGAGCAGAGGCGGGGUGAGCGGGGACGCCUUGGGGAUGGGUGGCCUCAGAAGGGAGCGGGAAAGGGAGCCCCGCGGCAGGGUCCUCCGCAGCCCCACCCGGAGCUCUGCGCGCCCAGCCUUCCCCGUGCGGCCGCGAGGGGGCGCCGCGCCGCGCCUCUAGGGCGGCCGCCGGAGUGAGGCGAGCUGCGCCCCGGGCCGCGCGCGGCGAGCGGCGGGCGGCCGGCAGGGUCCGCGGCGCCCCGGCUCAGCGGGAGCGGCGGGCUCUGCCCAUGGGCCGAGCUCCGACACGGGGCGCGCCGGGAGCCGAUUGCCUGCAAGCUGAGCCCUGGAAUUUCAGAAACCCUAGCUCCCCAAGAUACGGAAGCAGCAGGCUCUGUCAGCAAGUUGAGGGCCGUAUGGAACACGAAAGCAACCCACGCCAGUCCUCUCCUCACAGUCAAGUGUGUUGGCUCCCAAGGAAAGCAAAGGCAGACGUGACCCUGAUUUGAAGUUGUGACCUACCGCAAGGAUAAUCGCCAGCAGCUAUUGAUAGCUGGUUUCAGGAGCACCAGCCACAAAGCUGGAGGAGCAGGGUAGAGGGCCGUUAGGCCACAGCCAGCUCGGACAACCUGGAGAAGCACAGGAGUACUGUCGACAAGGCUUUCUGGCACAGAUCUCCAUUGGCAUUUGGAAUUGCUUCUCACAUGGUGUCCUAGGCCCUUGCAGGUGGUGGGCAUGCCCCAGACACUCAGCGCAUCCGACAUGGUCACCCCGGGCAACCUCGGCCCACCCCUGACCGAGUCCACGGACGGCGAGCAGGCUGGGCAGCUCCUCCUGGGUGGAGCUCCAUCCUCAGCCUCCCUGGACACCCUGAUCCAGCACCUGGUACCCACCGCUGACUACUACCCUGAGAAAGCCUACAUCUUCACCUUCCUGCUGAGCUCGCGCCUCUUCAUCGAGCCCCAGGAGCUCCUGGCCCGGGUCUGCCACAUGUGCAUUGAGCAGCAGCAGCUGGACAAGCCAGUGCUGGACAAGGCCCGGGUCCGGAAGUUUGGCCCCAAACUGCUCCAGCUGUUGGCCGAGUGGACAGAGACGUUUCCGCGGGAUUUCCAGGAGGAGUCAACCAUCAGUCACCUGAAGGACGUGGUGGGCCGCAUUGCCCCCUGUGACGAGGCAUACAGAAAGAGGAUGCAUCAGCUCCUGCAGGCUCUGCACCAGAAGCUGGCAGCUCUGGGCCAGGGACCGGAAAGCCUGCUGGGCACCGACAAGCCCAUCUCCUAUAGGACCAAGCCUCCAGCCUCCAUCCACAGGGAGCUCCUUGGCAUCUGCAGUGACCCCUACAUGCUGGCUCAGCAGCUGACGCACGUGGAGCUGGAACAGCUGCGGCACAUCGGACCUGAGGAGUUUGUCCAGGCUUUUGUGAACAAGGACCCUCUGGCCAGCACAAAGCCUUGUUUCAGCGACAAGACUAACAACCUGGAAGCUUACGUGAAAUGGUUCAACAGACUGUGCUACCUCGUAGCUACGGAGAUCUGCAUGCCAGCCAAGAAGAAACAAAGGGCCCAGGUGAUUGAGUUCUUCAUCGACGUGGCCCGGGAGUGCUUCAACAUCGGCAACUUCAAUUCACUAAUGGCCAUUAUCUCGGGCAUGAACAUGAGCCCGGUCUCCAGGCUGAAGAAGACUUGGGCCAAAGUGAAGACGGCCAAGUUUUUCAUCCUCGAGCACCAGAUGGACCCAACAGGCAACUUCUGCAACUAUAGAACAGCCCUGCGAGGGGCAGCCCACCGCUCCCUGACUGCCCACAGCAGCCGGGAGAAGAUUGUCAUCCCCUUCUUCAGCGUGCUCAUCAAGGACAUCUACUUCCUAAAUGAGGGCUGUGCCAACCGCCUCCCCAACGGACAUGUCAACUUUGAGAAAUUUCUGGAGCUGGCCAAGCAAGUAGGAGAGUUCAUCACCUGGAAACAAGUGGAGUGUCCCUUCGAGCAAGACCUCAGCAUCACCCACUACCUGCACACUGCCCCCAUCUUCAGCGAGGAUGGUCUUUAUUUGGCUUCUUAUGAAAGUGAGAGCCCAGAGAACCAAACAGAAAAAGAGAGGUGGAAAUCUCUAAGGUCUUCUAUUCUGGGGAAGACGUGAGAGGCACUGAGCUGGAGGAGGAGGAGGAAGGAGAGGAAGAGAGGAAGCCAGCCUUCUGCAGCCCUGCCUGCCCUACCCAGCCCAGUGGGAGGCGGAGGCAUUGAUGCGUCACUGCUUUGCAAACUGGGAUCCUGUGGCCUGCCACCUGCCACAGUGACCACAUGGCCCAGGCAAACUUUCUCCACCUUUUGUGAAACCUCAGCCCUGGAAGGGCCCAGGGCCUCCAAACAUAUGAGGGGCACGUGCCUCGGGGGCCCUGCCUUCAGAACAGUGGUGGUCACAUUGCUGGUCAGUCUGUCUGUCCUCGGCAAUGAUCCAAGAGGUUGGGCAGCUAUGGUCUCACCCUCGCCAUGGAGGUAGACACCUAGCCUGUCUCCAGGUGACCUGGGAGCCUUCAUAUCUCCAGCAGACAUCAUGGUGGCAUGAGAGGGGCCACAGCCCCUGCCAUUUUACUAAUGGACCCAGUCCUGCCCAUUGAGAUGGGCUGGUUUCUGUAGCCCUGUGUAUACCCUUUCGGCAUCCUGCUGGUAUUGGGAUAGCUUCCUGGUGAGAGCUAUGACGCCGGUCAGCAGGACAAAUUUGAGUCACGGACUUGACCACGUGUACAGUACAUUGUGAAUUUUAGAGCUGGUAUAAACACAUUGGUAUACCCUGUGUAUUCACAUCCACUUCACCUCUCUCACUGGUGACUUUCUGCCAGGAUGCAGGGCAGUGUCCCAGUUCAGGCCCGGGAACACAGUGACCACAGGUCAGGAGGGGGACUUGGGGGCCAUUUCCAUGCCACAGACCCCACAUCCUGCUGAAACUUGCUGGUGCACAGUAGGUAUUUGGUGAGCUCCAGUGAGUGGAUACUGACAGCCAUGUGUGAGGCCAGAUGCCUCGCUUGUUUGGGUGAAUAGUGAUGGAGUUGGGGAGGACCCACAGCCCACAGGAGGUCCUCCAGUGGGCUCUCACUCUGCCCUUCACACACUGAGCCACAUCUCUGGGCCUGGAGCAAAUGGGUCAUGGAGCUGCUGAGCCCCAACCUGGCAUGCGACCAGGUCACCCAGUCAAGAAGUCAGGGAGUGUGAUGGGCACCUCCAUUCCUAGUCAGGGCUUGAGCACAGAGGACUGUGUUGAAGAUGCAGUGAUGCAUCUUGGCCAGCCCCUGACCACAUCAGGCCUCUCAGAGUCCAGACCCAGCUCAGCUGGGACCGGCCUCAGCUGUCUUGGCAGUGUGGCCUUUGGUCCCACCUGGGGGACAGGCAGAGACAAGACAACCAACACCCCAGAUGCCUCCCCGAACUCGAAGAACUCUGCCUGAUGAACCCAGGACCUCAGCAAGGAUCCUGCAGCCUGAAGAGGCGUGGGAGUGUGCCUGUUCGGCUUGAAUGGAAUCUGCUCUACUCCAGACCAGCCUACCCCUGUCCAUCUGAGACCCCAGAGAGGCUGAGGAGUACAGCGGGUAGCAGAGACGAUCUGGGUUUCUGUCAGGCCCAGGCUCCCACCCUGCCUCACACUAUAUCUAAGCUCUCCACAAGGGUGGGGUGGGGUUCUGGGCCAAACCCAAGGGUUCCUGGGGAUCCCAGAAGCUAACUAGAAGCACUUCCUGAUCCCCUCAGGCCUGCCCAGAACACUCCCUCGGUGUCUGGCAUCCCCUGGGGCAACACUAGACCAGACUCCUAAAGCCAUCAGCAGGGACCGUGCGUGCUCCUCAGGCAUGCAGAGCACUGCCUGUUGGAGGUCGGGGCAGGUGCACAGAGUGGGCUAGUGGCCUGGAGAUGCAAUGGCAAGCCCAGGGCUGAGGCCUGGGGGAGCUCCAGGAGGCUUCCCCAGGUUAUCUCCUUCCCUCCUCCCCAGCCACAGGGAGGCAGGACAUGCUGGACGGGGCCCCCAGUUCCACAGGCCCAGGCCUUGCCAGUCACCUGACUCCCUAUUCUUGAGCAGCUCAGCUCAGGAGCCUGUGAGGAAACCCCAGAAUACUGAGCUUCAGGAAGCAGCAGGUGAGGUCAAGGAGGUGGGAGCAGCUGGCCACAGUGUGUUCUCUGCCUCAUGCAAUCCUUCAGCUGGGCCCAGGAUUCCAGACCCCAAAUUCCUCCCCUCUGCCACACCCCUCAGAGUCCUCUCCAUCUCCUACCAGAGGACCGCAGCUCCUCCGGGCUGUGGGGAACAUGAGGAAAGGAUGCUGGAGAAGUAGUACAGGCCUGGAGGUGGAACUCCGGAGGUCAGCUGUGAGGCAGGUCAAGAAUGUCUCUGCUCAUAAAGCCCCGAGGCCGUCUCCUGUUUCCUGGUUCUGUGGCCUUGCGCUGGGUGUUCCCACCGCCCGGCAUGCUGUAGUUCAGUUUGUGGAUCUAAUAAGAGCUGCAACCUCAGACGUUGCAGUCCCCCUUCCGGGGAGGGCCCCUGACGUCCAGCACUCACAUCCACAGCUGCUGCCUCCAGCCUGCCAGUCCCUUUGGCCCAGGGCAGAAUAAGUGUCAGCUGAGGAUGACGAGGCGAGGCCUGGGCUCAUCCCCAUCUUGGAGGCAUUCCAGGCAAUGAGGAGGCAGAAGCCCACGGCCAGCCCCACAGAGAACACAGGGCCAAGGGACUCGAGCUGAGUGCACUUGUAUCUCGGAUUUAUCCAGGGACCCUGCUCCCCACCUCUGUGAGCAGCUGCUUGGUACCAAGCCCCCAAUGCCCAGGCCAGGAGGAAGACCUUGACGCAGUAGCUCCACAGGUGGGGAUCAUGGUACCACUUCUCAAGUGCAGCCUCAGGGUCCAGGGAGGAUUGGUACCUGGCUCAUGGCCUGUAGAUGUUUCCUUCGCCACAUCCAGGACUCACGGCCCCUCCCUGCAGAGGCCCUGCUGUCCGCCUGCUCUCCUAGCCUCAGUCCCCGUGGCCAGGUCAGAUGGCCUACCUGGGGGGCAGCAGAUGGAGCCCAGGCCUAUGGACCAGGUGUCAGCAGCACAGGUGGUGCCCGAGCGUGAUGCCCAGAGGCCCAAUCUGGUGCCCAGUGACACAGCUCCCUGCCACACAGCAGGUCUGUGGCACCCAGCUCAGCACACUGCAGGCACCAGGACGCAGGGCUCGGGGGCGACCUUCAUCCCCACUGUGCCCAGGAGGCCAGCAAAGGGCAGGAGCUGUGCUCAUUCUUUGUGGUUUUGUACUUUUUCUCUAGUCUUCCCCAUUCUAUUGUUUUCCUCUAUUUCUUUGCACUGAUCACUAAGACCGACUUUCUUAUCUUUCC